AUGCCGCCACCCAGGGGGAGCCGGCCGGCGGGGUGCAACGGCGGAUCUAUGCUACGGCUGCUCGUCGUCGCCUCCCUCUGCUGCGGUUGCUUCGUCGUCGGCUGCAGAUCUGAGAAGAGAGCUUUCCUCUCGACAGAUUCUGGGAGGAUGGCAGGAGCAGCGAUCUACGCCGGUGAUCUGGACGGCUACCACCAUGGGGGCGGCAGGCGGCGGCUGCUGGCCGGGGGCCCCGGCCCCGGGUCGCACCCGCCGCGGUGCACGUCCAAGUGCGGCAGCUGCAGCCCGUGCGUGCCCGUGCACGUGUCCGUGCCGCCGGGCGUGCUGGUCACCACGGAGUACUACCCGGUGGCGUGGCGCUGCAAGUGCCGCGACCGCCUCUACAUGCCGUGA